UUGCAAACUCGAGUAAAAUGUCGAUGCUGGUCGUAGGCGAAAAUAAGAUGUUUUUCUGUUCAGGAACAGAGUGUGUUGCUUACGAGUUCGGGCGUCGAAUCGAUAAUCAGAGAAAUCGGUAAUCCGUGAUUGUUGGGGCAAGAUCGUAAUAUGGAUGGAUGGGCGAACCCCUAGUGAUUUGGGGUUGGUUUGGUUUGGUUUGGUUUUGGAUGGUACGGAGUAGACGCACGCGAACACAGCGGGCACAGUCGGCAAGCCAAGCAGGCCAGGCAGGUCGGUCAAUGGAAAAACGAGACGGGACGAGCGAGACGGUCAGGGUCCUGUGUUGUCAGAUAACCCCUGGUCCAGGUGCGUGUUCGCAGCUAAAAGGUGUGUACUGCGUAUGUGUGCGUGUGGCAAGUGAAGAAGAAAAGAGAUUACAAUUUUCGUAUAGGUCAAAGGUAAGGUAUGAGGGGGAUAAGGAAGGGAUGAUGAUAAGAGGAUGAGGAGAAAUAGAAUAGGUAGGUAGCGAGGCAAAGAGUUAGAUGGGAUUGAUUGAUUGAUGC